CCUGCGGUGCCGGCGGGACGCUGCCCGGCCCCGCCGGUUCUCGCAGCUCAUUGGGUUACGGACCGGGGGGGCGGGCAGCGUCCCGCCGCUCCCGCAACGCUCCCGGGAGGAGGCGGGGCCGCCGGUGCCGGUUUCCCGACGGCGGGAUUGGCUGCGACUCGGUGACGCGGCCCGUCGGACCGGGAGGGGGGAGCCGCCGCCGCCGCGCCGCCGCAGAGCCGCCGGGAUGAGCGCGGGCGGCCCCGGCGGGGGGGAGGACGGCCCGGAAGGCUGCGCGCUGGGCUGGUCCGGGCCCCGCUGCUCUCCCCGCUCCCGGGGCGGCGAGGCCGUGCUCCGCGCCCGCGCAGAGGCUGCGGGGUACCGGCGGCUGCUCCGCGCCCGCGCGGCGGAGGUGGAGGCGCUGCGCGGGGCCGUGGGAGCGCUGCAUCGGCAGCUGGAGGGGCUCCGCGACCGGCGCAGCGGGGAGCUCGCCAAGUAUCAGGAGCGGGUGGCGGAGCUGGAGCGGCAGAUCGGCGAAGCGGAGCAGGAGAUGGCGCGGUGCCUCCGGGAGUACCCCGCGCUGCUGCGGCUGCGGAUGGCGCUGGACGCGGAGAUCGCCGCGUAUCGGGAGAUGCUGGAAGGGGAGGAGCUGCGCCUGGGUGCCGUGGUACCGCCGUGACGGGGCGCCCACCCCUUCGCUGCGGACCGGGGACCGCCGGAACCCCCCGGGCUCCCGGCACCGGGCUGCUGUUCUGCGGGGCCCUCCGUGCCCCCCGGCCCCCUGGAGCGCCCUCCACUCCCGAGCCACGGGACCCCCGGACUCCUGGAACCCGGUCCUUCCGGACCCCUUUGCCACGGGAGCCCUGGGCUCCGCCGACGUCCCCGGGAGGCCCCCACUCCCCGGCGGGGCAGCGCCCCGGGCCGCACACCAGUCUCACCAGCCUCUCCAGAGCGGCAGCAGGGCUGCAGUCCCGGCCCUGGUCCACGCGGGAGCGCCUCAAUAAACGCCCCGUGGCAUUACCCAGC